AUGUCUACCUUUGGUUAUCGAAGAGGACUUAGCAAAUAUGAGUCCAUUGACGAGGACGAACUCCUCGCCUCUCUGUCAGCUGAGGAACUGAAGGAGCUGGAGAGGGAGCUGGAAGACAUUGAACCUGACCGCAGCCUUCCUGUGGGGCUAAGACAAAAGAGUCUGACUGAGAAGACCCCCACGGGGACAUUCAGCAGAGAGUCACUGAUGGCCUAUUGGGAAAAGGAGUCUCAAAAACUCUUGGAGAAGGAGAGGCUGGGGGAGUGUGGAAAGGUAGAAGAAGACAAAGACGAGAGUGAGGAAGAGCUUAUCUUUACCGAAACCAACAGUGAGGUUUCUGAGGAAGUGUACACGGAGGAAGAGGACGAGUCCCAGGAGGAAGAAGAGGAAGAGGAGGAAGAGGAAGAGGAGGAGGACAGCCCUGACCAGGAAAGGAACGUGGGCAGCGCCAAAGCUAUCAAUGGAACUGUUAACUGUGACGGUGUCAACUCGGACAACUCUACGCCAAAGACAUUUAAAAGUCAGAUUGAAAACAUAAACUUGACCAACGGCCACAGUGCAAGGCGCCCGGAGUCCCCCGCGGCCAUCCACCCCUGUGGAAACCCCACAGUCAUCGAGGACGCGCUGGAAAAGAUUCAGAACAACGACCCGGACACCACGGAAGUCAACCUGAACAACAUCGAGAACAUCACCUCGCAGACGCUCAGCCGCUUCGCGGAGGCGCUCAAAGCCAACACGGUGGUGAAGACCUUCAGCCUGGCCAACACGCACGCGGACGACAGCGCCGCGCUGGCCAUCGCCGACAUGCUGCGCGUCAACCAGCACGUCACCAGCAUCAACGUGGAGUCCAACUUCAUCACGGGCAAGGGCAUCCUGGCCAUCAUGCGCGCGCUGCAGCACAACGCGGUGCUCACCGAGCUGCGCUUCCACAACCAGCGGCACAUCAUGGGCAGCCAGGUGGAGAUGGAGAUCGUCAAGCUGCUCCGGGACAACACCACCGUGCUGCGCCUGGGCUACCACUUCGAGCUGCCGGGCCCCAGGAUGAGCAUGACCAGCAUCCUGACCCGCAACAUGGAUAAGCAGAGACAAAGGCGCAUGCAGGAGCAGAAACAGCACGAGGGCCAGGACGCAGGCGCCAACCUCAGGACCAAAGUCUGGCAGAGAGGAACGCCGGCCUCCUCGCCCUACGCCUCCCCCAGGCAUUCGCCCUGGUCCUCGCCCAAGCUGCCCAGGAAAGUGCACACGGUCAAGAGCCGCCCCGCGUCCCCCGCGCCCACAACGCCUCCGCCCCCCAACAAGCUGCCCCCGCCGCCCCCACCGCCCCCUCCGCCGCCCCUCCCCGAGAAGGUGGUCACCAGGAACAUCGCGGAGGUCAUCAAGCAGCAGGAGAGGGCCCUGCAAAACGGACAGAAAAAGAAAAAGGGCAAGAAGGGCAAGAAACAGCCCAACAACAUCCUCAAGGAAAUUAAAAAUUCCCUGAGGUCCGUGCAAGAGAAGAAAGCAGAAGAGAGUUCGCGGCCUUCCACCCCACAGAGGUCCGUGCACGACAACCUGAUGGAAGCCAUCCGGGGGAGCAGCAUCCGACAGCUGAGGCGGGUGGAAGUUCCAGAAGCGCUGCGAUAA